UGUUAUGGUGCGUUAAUAUCGUUUUACUUUCUCAAAAAUAUCAGUGGAUAUGUUCCCUUCUGUCACUGUUCUGUGAUGUAGUUUAAAUUUUAUGUUUUUUGAUUUUCUCAGUCAUUUUUUAACAAUUGACUAUCUACAUCUUAUUUAUAUUGCCAUUGUUGACACAUUCAAGUUUACCCAAAACCUUCCAUUCAAAAUUCAGGCAAAUUCCUCGGAUCUAUCGUUGGCAAAUUAUGUAAACUAUUUCUGAAAUCAGUUUCUGCUGCUGCAAUGAAAUACUGAAUAUAUUCAAUAUUCAUAUACCCUUUAUGAUAAAAGGUAAAAAUUGCGUGCAACGUCGAAAAUAGGUUAGUGUUAAGUUGACAACAUUUAGCUGUCGGUGUCUGACUGAUCAUCAAGUUGUCAAGGCAAUAUUUGAAUUUCCCAUACAACUAAACGAUCAUUUCUCAAAACAAUGUCUUCGGAAUUUACUGGGAUUAAAGACUCGCUAGUGGACAAGAUACUAGAACAGGGACAGCGAUUGAGGAACGCCAUGGUGCAGUCCAUCCUCCAAAACGACCCGUUUACUGGGGACAUUUACAGCAAAACUCACAAUACUCCUGUAUCUAGUGCCACUUCACUCACCUGCAACUCAAAUGGCAAAAAACUACUGGAAGCCUUCUUGAACGGCGAUUAUCUAACGAAGGAACAGGAACAGAUGGCUUUGAACACCGCCAGGUCAGUUCCAAUGGAAGAAGUGUGCAACACCAUUGGAAAAAGCAACUUUUCCAAAUGUGCGUGUGCUGUGUGCUCAGCUUAUCAUCCCACAAAUUUGAAAUGCGACCUACGAAGGCCACAAACCCAGCUAAAACAGCUAAAGGGGGGUGUUCCUGCUGACGCCCUGAAGCAGGUGGAUUCAUUAAAAAUUAUACUUCAAAGUGUUCAUUUGAACAAUGCAGGAAGCAAAAAGGUGUCCUUUGGCAAAGGCCGCGCUGACUCCCGCUUAAAUGAGACGUAUUUUCUAGAAUAUUCUGUCCCGGAAGUGUUUAGCAAAGGCGUUGUAAGGAGCAAGUCGAAAACCGACAGCGGUUUGGAGAGUUCUGUUGUGAGAGUCUGUGCCAGGAGAACUAGCAAUGUCAUUCAUGUGCGCCAAGCGUUUAUACAUUCAAUAUGCAACCUGUAUAAUUGCAAUUUGGAAGAUCACGACAUCAGCUUUGUUGUAAGGUUCAAGAGCUCCUCAAAGAAAAAGGCUGAGCAAUUGGGAGUGGCAAAAUUCAAUUUCGGUGCUUUUACCCAUUCACCGACCGCCUCCUGUGGGAAAACACUUCCAAUAUUCUUGAGUGAAGACUCCACAAUUAGCGUGGGAACCCUUAAAGUGACUCUACAGUUGGGAGCUGGAAAAUUGUACUUUGGUCAAGAGUUUCUUGAUGCUGUUUUGAAUAAAGACAGCCCACUGGAGUCAAGUAGUUCGGAAGAAAUCGCGACUAUCGCACCAAACACUUGGGAGGAAAGAUUGGUUUGCAAGGAAAAACCUUCAAGUGUAAACAAAUCAGUCGAAAAGCCCCACUCGGCAGCACUUCCCCAAAUUUCACCCAUAUUUCAAUGCAGCAAAACCACCGAGAAACUCCAAUCAUGCCCCUUAGUAGAUAAAGCGGUGCAGCUUGAGGCUGAGCCAACUGAGGUCGAGUUGUUGUUUGGCUUUCUCUACAUAUCAGAAGCCAACUUCUUGAACAUCAGCCCAAAUUCCUUUAUGCUCUGUAAACCCUAUUGCCAAAACGAGACAUCAUCGAGCCGGAUUGUAUAUGCGAGUGCAAGUCCUUUAUACAACUUUUGUCAGACUAUCCCUUUGCUGUAUGAAGAAAGCUUGCUACUAAACCUGAGAGAAAAUUUCAUGCUAAUUGAGUUUUGGGAAAAGACCGCAGGAACUGAAGAGCUGCUCGGUUUAACGCGAUUGCCGCUACAUCAGUUUUAUUUAGGCUUCCGAAAUUCAAUAAUUUUGAAGCAUUUAAAAAGGAAUAAGUUGCCAGUCAUUGGAACUGAUUGGUGGGAGCCGAUCUACUCAGCCAGCCAGAACGAACUGAUCGGACAAGUCCAAGUGUUGACUGCUUUAGGGACGGAGGCUCAAAUUAAAAAUUUGGAGCUAGAGAGGGGCUUCAGAGAGGAGAUUGUUAAGGCCAAAUUUCCGAAAGCCGCACAGCUAAAACCAGCCUUUAAACAACCGGAAAGCUAUUUUAGCGACAGGGCGAAAGUGAAUCGAAAAACUCUUGAAAAUUUCAAAAACUCUCCUUCAACUGCCCGUUCGGAACAUACUAAAAAGCCCGAAGUAGUGGAUGUUGGAGUGCAGUCAGAUAUGGAGAAAUUGAAUCAGAAAACCCAAGCCCAGCCUGAUGUUAAGGAAGCUCGUGAAAUGUUACUCGCUGCAAUGAAUUUAAUCGAACAAACAAAGAAACCUUCUUGCGUGGAAAAUAGUACCAAUACUGAGAAUGGAAUUUCCAAAGGAGACAGUUCCGAAUUCCAGAAAGUAGAGAAGGAAAGGCCUAAAAUGGCAACCUUAAGCAAAACUGCCCCCCUGUUAAAUUCACUUGCAACAGAGUUAGGCUUGAGCAAAUCCAAGCCGACGAAAGCCCCGCAUUUUCUGGCGGAAAUUUGCAUCACAGCCGCAAAUCUGCAAUUGCCAAGCAGGCGAAAAAGUAAGGCCAAAUCCAAACGGGCUAGAGACAAGAUACGCCAACAAGAACAAGAAAACCUUUUGCGUAGUACGUACGUGACGUUUGAAACUCUACCUGGAGAGCCUCUACAAAUGACCGGUUUGUGGCCGAAAUGUCCCACUCCACUAUGGGAUUUUACCAGUCGAGUUCGCUUGCCUAUGGAUCUGGUUGCUGACGAUAAAAAACGCUUGAUUUUUAAAGUGUGGGAAAAAGCUACCAACACGGUUUUGCAGCCCAAUAUGAAGACGGAUACGGUUCUUGGCUUUGCUGCCUUGGAUUUAAGUAUAAUUGGCAUGGGAAUGCCAAAUGUACAGGGCUGGUUUAACAUCAUGGACUUCUCCGAUAACUGUAAAGGACAAAUUCACAUUAAAGUGAAUCCGUUGGACGAUUUGCAAAAAUUGCUCAACCCUAUGGUGCAGGUCACCAGUAAUGUAAAGUCUGAAACUGCAACUUGUCCUAAAAGUGGAGAUCCGAAUGGCCUUGGUCGAACCCUGAAGAGAAAAUUCGCAGAACUUGAUGGAAUCACUCAACGUCUUCGGUUGAGGCUUUCUGAAGUUGUGAGCGACGAAUCGGAAGACCCCGAUACUGAUAAGGCCGCUGAUGAGUUCGAGCACGACAUUAACAAUCUGUGUGUUGAAGAGGAUUUUGAAAUGGCGAAUUUCGACGACACAGACAAUCACACUGCGGCCGCUGAAAGUAACCCGGGACCGAGCGGACAAAAUGAUUCAGCAGAAUUGGGAGUUUACAGCGCUGAACAACAGUCGAGUUAUUCAAGCUUGCUAUCAGAAAACAAGUUUUUGAGUUCUACCGAUCCCACUCGCCGGUGGGAGGUUCCUGAGAAUGUUCUGAAAGGCAAGGUUGAGUUGGGCAUCGACAAUUUACUUGAAAAGCUGAACCUGUUAACUUCAGGUGCUUCUCAGUCUUUUGCGCAGCGCUACGUUUCGGGUUGUUCGGCCCCAUCCGAUCCUAGUGACAUCCAGGGCAUCUUCAAGGACUUGGAGCAGCAUUCCCGGCCCAAUAUAACCAACAGUUUCGACCCGACAAUGUUCCAACGGCCCUGUAGCGGCUCUUUGCGCAACAGCUCUCUACUACAGCCUGUUCAAUUCAAUAACGCAGACGAAGCAAAUGAUGGCAGUGCAACCAGUGUGAUCAGCGACUUUUCGGAUUGUCGAUCGAAGCCAGAUGGACAAGACCCGCCGAUAGGCUAGAAAUGCGACGAUGUGGGUAUUUGAUUGUGUACUUAGGUAUUUAUCAACGCUUCAGUAUUAUUUGGGAAAUUAUGCGAGUUAGUGGCAAGCAGCUGCCGAUUUUACCUCACUGUUUUGGAAAGAGUUUAUUGAGUGGUCAAAGCCAAAUAUUGAGUAGUUUUGACGAUGUUUAAAUUUCUCACUUAUUUUAAAGUUAUUGGAAUGUUUUCACUGAUUAGACGCUCAUUGUUAGGUGUAGUACCUGUACGGUAGUUGUAAGAAAGUCUUCAAUGCAAACAAGGCAAUAUUAGUCGUAUUUAUGUGUUAUGUAUGCCGUUUAUUUGUGACUAGCAAUCAAUGUACGUCUCCAGGUAAUUUUCAAUGCGCAGUUUCUUCUUCAGCUUGUUGGGAGCUAUGAUUAGCAAGGCCGCAUCUGUGCCCUCGUGACUGUGCAUGAAGGAACAGUUGCGGAUUUUCUGUAAUUAUUUUAUUGUCAUUAAAAUGUUUUACUGCUCUAAA